UCUCUCUCUCUCUCUCUCUCUCUGUCUCGGUGGUGGGGGGGAGGGACGGAGGGCCUCGUAUGAAAAGCAGCAGAAGAGAAGGCAGUGCAGGAGCAGCCUGUGGAGACGGGGGACAGACUCUGAGUGUGUGUGUGUCCACCUCCAACUCUCACACACAUACGCACACACAUAUCCCCCAGUUGUGGAUUUAUUAGUGUUGCCAAAGAAGCUGGAGGGCCUGGUGUCGUCCUCGUCCUCGUCCUCGUCCUCAGCAGCAGCAGCAGCAGCAUCAGGGACACACAACGCUCCUCGUCCUCUCCUGAGUCUGGGGCACUGAGAAAUGAACAAAAUGAAGAACUUCAAGCGCCGCUUCUCGCUGUCCGUGCCAAGAACCGAAACGAUAGAGGAGAACGAGUUCACCGAGCAGAUCAACCAGCUCAACAUCCAGCGCAAUGAGGAUCUGGUGCCGAACAGCCUGGGCCUGCAUUCUCUCCACCCGUCCACCAGUCCAUUGGCCUCCAACCAUCAGGCUCCAUCUCCCACACAGCUGCACUACCACAGCAAAGUCCAGCACCGCCGCUUCUCCAUGGAGGAUGUCAGUAAGCGGAUGGCCCUGCCCAUGGACAUUCGUUUGCCACCAGAGUUUCUAAAGAAGUUGCAGAUGGAGAGCCCAGAAGACUGCAAACCACUUAGCCGCACUUCUAGACGAGCCUCACUGUCUGACAUCGGGUUCGGGAAACUGGAGACGUACGUAAAACUGGGCAAACUGGGAGAGGGCACUUAUGCUACUGUAUUCAAGGGGCGCAGCAAGCUGACAGAAAAUCUGGUGGCCCUGAAAGAGAUCCGGCUUGAGCAUGAAGAAGGAGCCCCUUGCACUGCCAUCAGAGAAGUAUCGCUGCUGAAAAACCUGAAACACGCCAACAUCGUGACUCUGCAUGACAUCAUCCACACCGACCGUUGCCUCACUCUGGUCUUCGAAUAUUUAGACAGCGAUCUGAAGCAGUACCUAGACAAUUGUGGAAACCUCAUGAGCAUGCACAACGUAAAGAUAUUUAUGUUCCAGCUUCUGCGUGGUUUAUCUUAUUGUCAUAAGAGAAAGAUUCUACACAGGGACCUCAAACCGCAGAAUCUGCUCAUCAAUGAGAAGGGAGAACUGAAGCUAGCUGACUUUGGUCUGGCGAGAGCAAAAUCUGUGCCGACGAAAACCUACUCCAACGAGGUGGUGACUCUGUGGUACCGGCCUCCAGAUGUCCUGCUGGGCUCCACAGAGUAUUCCACUCCCAUAGACAUGUGGGGCGUUGGGUGUAUUCUGUACGAAUUGGCAACGGGACGGCCCAUGUUCCCAGGCUCGACUGUCAAAGAGGAGCUGCACCUGGUUUUUCGCCUCAUGGGAACCCCGGCUGAAGAGACCUGGCCUGGGAUUACAACCAAUGAUGAGUUCAAGUCGUACAUUUUCCCCCUGUACCGAGCCCAGGCUCUAAUAAACCAUGUUCCCAGACUGGACACCGAGGGCAUCGAUCUUCUCUCGGCUCUUCUGCUGUACGACACCAAAAGACGGAUCUCGGCCGAGGCGUCUCUGAGACACGCGUACUUCCUCAGUCUAGGAGAGAACAUUCACUCGUUACCAGACACUUCAUCAGUGUUCUCACUAAAGGAGGUGCAGCUGCAGAAGGACCCUGGACAUCGGAGCUCAGUCUUUCAUCCAGGUCGGGGAAAGAACCGCAGACAAAGUAUAUUCUAACGGCUGAUAGACGGAGGAGGGGGAACAUCACCACCGUGAAGCGAUGGCUGUAAAUCCAAGCAAACUGCCGAGCUGUAUCCCAGAACCUCCUCACACUCACACACACACACACACACACACACACACACACACACACACACACACACACACACACAAACACACACAAACUAAAGCCAAUACUUUUCACUUCUGUUUUAUUGAAUUUGACAAAAUGACACAAUUCCAGCUGACCAGCUAAUUACCCAACUUUCCCUCUGUGUUUGCCCUAAACUCGUAUCUGGAUCACAAAGAAAAAAAAAAUUCCCGUCUUGUGUUUGUGUUUGACUUAUAAACGUAAAGAUAAUUCUCUUAAGAAGUGACCUGGAUCAUAGAAUCUUUCCAAAGUACAUAAAUUAACUACAGUAUUGUCCUCCUAAAUGAUUGAAAGGACAAAUCCACACUAAACAACAUGAACAUUCAUCUCUACUCUUUAUUUAUUACCCACAAUGCUGUUCUGAGUGCUGAUAGAGGAGCAGCGGGAUUUAGCCCUCACGUCCUAUCUAUAUAAAGAGAGCGAUGCGGCGGUGCUUUAAUUCAAUUCUCAAUCCGAUUUAUUUAUUUUUAGUUCACGUCGUCACAAAGCAGCUUUACAAAAGAAUGGAAACAUUUAUCUCUAACAUUUAACCCUGAUGAUCCGGAGACCCGGAGGUGAGGGAGGGAAAAAACUCCCCGAGGUCAUAUGAGGAAGAAACCUCGAGAGGAACCAGAACCUCAUCCUCAUUUGUGUGACGCCGGACAGGAAAUAAUGUAAAUAAUCCUUUCGCCCAUACAGGUGAGCUCUCUCACCUGUACACUUUGCCCAAACAGAUUAGCUUCAAAAAUGUCAAUAUUCAUGCUAAACAACAUCUAGCCGCGUCGUAGAUCGCUCGCUCAGCCACGUAUGUCUGCAAUGCAUUCUGGGACGCUGUUCGCAUCGCCACCUCUACACCUGAUUUCUCAUUAAUAUGGUGUUUGAGGAAAGCAAUUUUUUUAAACAGUGAAAUCUAGUCAUUCCACCAAUGAUGGAGAUCCAUAAAAUCACGUCACAACCGCUGAUCUCUAACAGCGAUAACAAAAAUCGACAACUUUUAGCUCCAAAAUCACUGAACACAUCAAAACACAAAUAUUAUUAUCUGAUCAUCUUAAACAUGUAUCAGGGUGGCGUUUUCCUUUAAAUAUGUAAAGAAAAUAGAAAACACUUGAAACAGGUUCAUAAGUGACGUGGAAAGUGACCUGUCAUAGAUGUACAGGGAGGAAAAUUAGAGAAAAUAAUGUGCUAAAGUGUCAAAAAGUACCCGGUUAAAGUGGACGCAUCGCUAAGAAAGUUCAAAAGUGAAAGCAGUGAAAUAUGCCGAAAGAUUUGGAAGAUUUUUUCACAUUUCAUAAGACUCGCAUCAUGUUUCGAUUCAAUUCACGUUACAAUUGUUAAAGUCAAUAUUUAGGGGCGGAGUUUUGUGGGUGGAGUCUGGGGCGGGGCUAGGAUUGUGAGGCCAUAUAGUAAACGUUAGAAUUCAGCGGCGCUGUGGAAUAAAUAACGAUGGAGUUUGAUGGGAUGUUUAAAAGCACAAGGCAUGUCCAAAGUCUGCACUUUUAACCUAAACAUUUACGUUACGUUAAACCUCGACACAGGGUUUUGGGUAGUCUGUAGACUGUAGUACUAAAUGAACACUGUCACUUUUUGUGCGUUUACCUCAGAGAUGAAAAUGUUCUUCGAAGCAUCUAAAGGUGCCUUGUACAAAAUGAAUUAUGAUGACGGUUCCGAUUUUUAUUUGUCUUCUUUUACAGAUUAUUUGAAUAGCUAUUUUAAUACUGUUAUAGCGUCUGGAGAUGUUGCUCUUCAUCGAUAAUUGCACACGAGUUACUGUUUGGUACGAUGAACUGUUCUACCGUGUUUGCACAUGGCAUCCAAGUGUCCUAAAUUUUGUCUUUGCCUGCGAAUUUCUUUGGAACUCAGUAUUUCCCUUAAAAAAAGAGCGCUCUAUAUUUCUAGUCAAAGCCAUCAAGUACGGAGAAUCAUAGUGAUGUUGUGGUGAAUUUCUAGAAGAUGAAAAAGCAUCAAAAAGAGAAUAGAGGAAGAGGAGGAGUGAGAAAGAGCAUGGCUGUGUUCCAGUACUAGCCCUCAUUACUUUCCCUCAUGAUUUCUCUUUGAUCCGUUCCAGCAGAUUGUUACCGGAAGUGAAAUUUGGCGAAUGGCGUAAAAUCAAAUCGACAUGAGAGUCAACCUGACUUCUUCCCUUGGAAAAAAUGCAAUAAAUUAAUACUUUAGAUUGAUUUGCUGCUACAAUUAAGUGUUAUAUAGCUGACUAGUCUUCAACUAUGUCUUUAUCACACGUCACGUAAUAAUUUCUGGUGAUAGCUGUGGUGGAAAAAAAAAUUGUGACAAUAUGUGCUAACAUACCCUCUAGGGUGGCUUUGUGUUCAAGAAAGUACAAUGGAACUCCCUGUAUGUUUCACUCUAAGUGAAUAAAACAAGAUGCAGUGCCCUAUAGGCUUGCCUAUAUCAGAUCAAAUAAGACAAGGUGCCCUAUAGGCUCUCUUAAAUGUGACAAAAUGAGAUGUACUGCCCUAUAAAAUUCUGUACAUGUGACAAAAUCAGAUGCAGUGAUAAUCAGAUGCACUUAAAAGGAUCCUUUAGAUGCAAGGAAACAAAAAAAGGUACCAUUUAGGUUCCCAUAAUUGUUUUUUCCCUUACAUGCAAGAAAACUAAAAGUGAUACUGAUCACGCUCCACUACAUUUGCCAAAAUUGAGACGACUUGGCAUAUAAACUUUCCUGCAUGCAAGAAAAUGAGAUGAAGUAUCCUAUAGGCUCCUCCACCUGGUGACAAAAUUAGAAGAAAUGCCUGAUAGGCUUCUCUAAAUCUGAGAAAAUGAGAAGAAAUGCCCGAUAGGCUUCUCUGGAUCUGACAAAAUGAGAAGAAAUGCCCGAUAGGCUUCUCUGGAUCUAACAAAAUGAGAAGAAAUGCCUGAUGGGCUUCUCAUCAUCUGACAAAAUGACAAGAAAAGCCCGAUAGGCUUCUCUGGAUCUGACAAAAUGAGAAGAAAUGCCCGAUAGGCUUCUCUGGAUCUAACAAAAUGAGAAGAAAUGCCCGAUAGGCUUCUCUGGAUCUAACAAAAUGAGAAAAAGUGCCUGAUGGGCUUCUCAUCAUCUGACAAAAUGACAAGAAAUGCCUGAUAGGCUUCUCUGGAUCUGACAAGAUGAGAAGAAAUGCCUCAUAGACUUCUCUGCAUCUGACAAAAUGAGAAGAAAUGCCUGAUAGGCUUCUCAUCAUCUGGCAAAAUGAGAAGAAAUGCCUGAUAGGCUUCUCUGCCCUAUAGGCUUUUCUACCUGGUGAUCAAUAGACAAGAAGUGCCCUGUAAACUUCCUUACAUACUAUAGGCUCUCCUUAUGUGUUAAAAUGAUAAGAAAUACCCUAUAGGCUCCUCAACCUGGUGACAAAAUGAAACGAAAUGCUCUGUAGGCUACUCCAUGUGAUAAAAUGAGAGGCCCUAAAGGCUCACCUGCAUACAAAACUAAAUAAAUUGUAAAAAUCAAUAAAUAUAUCACUGCUGCUGCAACGGGUCACCUGUGUGUGAUGUCAGGGAAGAGUGGAAGUCGAUGAGGGCAUGUCACAAACAGUACGAGAGAGAGAGAGAGAGAGAGAGAGAGAGAGAGAGAGAGAGAGAGAGAGAGAGAGAGAGAGAGAGAGAGAGAGGAUACCAGGUUGUGUACUUCUCAGACUUUUCACUCCUUUAAAAAAAAUCUCAAUGUGUUUUUGUGGUGAAAAAAAUAGAAGAUUUGAAAUUAUAUAUUGAACAGAAUUAAUAUAUGUCUUUUAACAAGUGUUUUCCUUCUUCUCAGUGGAUAUUUUGGCAAGAAAUUGACUGUAUUAAAUACAUUUAGAUUCCGUCUACAUGUUUUAUAAAUAAUAAGAAUAAAAAAAAGGAGAAAGAUUUAGAUUUUUGUAUGAAAUGUGUUACUCCAUAUUUUGUGUGAUGUUUAUUCUAUUUCAGUAUCCUGAAGCUGAAUGUAUUGUGAUUGCUGAAGAAGCCAAAAGUGAUUAAAUAAAUGAAGAACUAAAUAAAUUAUAAAGCUCGA